AUUUUCUCCUCUCCUUUUGGGUUCCCUUCAAGCAUUUGUUCAGUCAUUAACACUGAAUGCUUCCGUUUCUUCAAAACUUGGCCACGUACUCUGUUUUUGUGCUCCUUGAAGGUCUUCAAUGGGGCAUUGUUUAACACUUUUAGCUUGAGGGUUAAGGUCUCUUGGUUCAUCUGUGAUGUACUUAAAGAUGCCUAUGCCCCAAAGAAUCUAUCUUUUAUGGUCAUCAACUCAUCUUCGUGGUGGGUUUUUUUUAAUGUUUGGAUUUUUAUGGUAAUUAGGGAAAUUACAGGGUUUCAAGGCAUUUUCACAUGCAUUAGCAUUUUAGGUUUAUCUAGUUCUGGAGAUUUUCAGAUCUGAGAGAUUGUGGCAGAUUGAGAUUGGGAGCUUGAAUUGCUUGUUGGGUUUUAUCAUUUGAAUAAAAAAUUGCAGCUUGGUCGAAGUCUUUAUAGUUGUUUGGUCAUUAGAUCUCUCACUGUCUCAGUGUGUGGUCAUCUACUCCUUUCAAAUCCAUUGCGUUUGUUUUUGAGAGAAUCGAGGUACUGAAGUUAGAGUCUUGAAGAGGUUAGCCUGUGUGUGAUUGUUUCAAAAUGGGGCAUUCAUCAGCAGUCUGGGAUUGUAAGGCAGCAGUUGAGAUUACAAAGGACUUGAAUGGGGUUGGACAAGUUGUUCUUCGAAACCCACGAGGAGCUUCAGCGCAGGUUAGCUUGCAUGGAGGACAGGUCACAUCAUGGAGGAAUGAGAAUGGAGAAGAAUUUCUAUUCACUAGUAGUAAGGCAAUCUUCAAGCCCCCAAAAGCAAUGCGAGGAGGAAUUCCCAUCUGUUUCCCGCAGUUUGGGAACUGUGGAUCCUUAGAAAUGCAUGGUUUUGCAAGAAACAAAGUCUGGGCAGUUGAUGAUAAUCCACCAGUGCUUCACCCAAAUGAUUCCUAUGGAAAAUCUUUUGUUGAUCUAUUACUUAAACCAUCGGAAGAGGACCUGAAAUGCUGGCCCCACAGUUUUGAAUUUCGCCUAAGGGUGUCUCUUGCAAUAAAUGGAGAUCUGACCCUGAUUUCGCGAGUUAGGAAUGUCAAUGGCAAGUUGUUUAGUUUCUCUUUUGCCUACCACACCUACUUUUUGGUUUCUGACAUAAGUGAGGUGAGGAUUGAAGGGCUGGAGACAUGUGACUACUUAGACAACCUUUGUCAAAGAGAACGUUUCACCGAACAAGGAGAUGCCAUAACUUUUGAAUCAGAGGUUGAUCGACUUUAUCUAAGUUCACGCAAAGUAAUUGCAAUUCUUGAUCAUGAGAAAAAGCAGACAUACGUGAUCAGAAAGGAAGGACUACCAGAUGUUGUUGUUUGGAAUCCAUGGGAGAAGAAAUCAAAAUCCAUGGUUGAUUUCGGUGAUGAGGAGUACAAACAGAUGCUUUGUGUGGAUGCUGCGGCAAUUGAAAAACCCAUCACCUUGAAGCUAGGAGAGGAAUGGACAGGGAGGUUGCAGCUUUCUGUUGUGCCAUCGAGUUUCUGUACUGAGAACCUGGAUCUUGAGAAGGGAGGUUUCUGAAGAUUAUAGUACAAAACUACUAGGGUAAAGAGUGCUUU